AUGGUCAACGAAAAGAACCCUUACAUGUUCGAACUCGCCAUGUGCCACUUGCACCACGGAGGAAUUCAGCGCAACGCUGACGACGAAAUUUGCACCUUGAAUACGCGAGAACAGAUUGCCAAACGACGAUUUGUCUAUCGCAAGGUCAAGGACGUCUGCAUGGAAGAUGCAGCACCCGUAGAAGUAGAACAACAACCAACAACAACUAAAGACGUCGAGACAAUAGAACAAGUCUUGACCGUCGACGACAACAAUGAGAUGGCAUCCGAUGCCACAAUCACAUGCGAGGCAGCGGUGGCUCCCACAUGCACAGCAGUGGUCCCAUACAUUCAAAAGUGGCAUGUGGCACACUUCAAGAUCAGUGUGCAUGGACAACAACCAUUUGUAUUGGAGAUACGAAUGAUGAAUGGUGUGCUACUUGGAGUUGUACCGAACGACAUUCUCGCAGCAUUGAUGAAGGAUGGUGGAGACCUUGUCAAAGAAUUGAUGCGGCGGCACAAGACACUACGAUUGGAAGCCUCAGACGAUACGGAUUACGAAUUCGGGACGGGCCAAGUGGUAGCUGAAGAACCACUGGUCGAGGUCGAGGAACAACAACAAGUUGAUGCUGAUGAACCACUAGUUGACAACCGAGUCGACGAGGAGGAUAAUGUGGACACAGUACAAUCAACUUUGCGACGAUCAAAGAGACGCAUGGCGGCGAUUGCAUCUCAGAGAAUCGCAGAACAAAUCAAGAAGAAGCCACGGCGGGUGGCAGUUCAAGAACCUACAAUCAAACGUAGACGGGCGGCGGCCACCAAGAAAAAGUCGACAAAGCCAAAGGUGAAGGGCAAGAAGAAGACGACACAACCUCUGAUGGACACACAGCAACAAACAACAGUUCAGACAACAACAACUCUUUCUGGGCGGCAAGUCAGAAAGCCUGACCGGUACAUUCCAGUCUAG